UUACCCCCUCCCCCCUUCACACUACUCUCUCUCUUACUCUGCUCGUCUCUUCCCUCAUCAUUUUCUCUCCGCCGCGCUUUGUAUGUACGCAACCCCCAUCAUUUCUCGCUUCUCUCCUCCCUCCGUUAACUCGUCAAUCUUUCCUAAUUUUCCUGUUCCCGUUUAGCAUCAUCCAUUUUCCUGUCCCCUCCGUCCUUAUCUCGUUUCCUGUCCCCUCUCCUCCUCAUCCCCUCUCCUGGGUCGCCUCCCUCUCCCCCCUCCCCGCUCCUCCUCUCAGACAGCUGAGAUCAACCGAGUGCUGAGGCCAGGGGGCAAGUUCAUCUGACUCUAGUCAGACUCUGAAGCUUUUUUCGCCCCUCCACUUCACCUCUCCUUUUCACGUUUCCCCGCCUUCCCCCGUUCAUCGGUCACUGCGCAGAUGGCUGAGAUCAACCGUGUGCUAAGGCCAGGGGGCAAGUUCGUGGCAUCCACCAUCCUCUGGCCCUCCUCUCCCUUCGGCAAUGACCUCAUCAAAUCCAUUCGCAAGCCCAUGAUGCAGUCGCUAGGCAUGGACACGACCAUGAAGCUGUGGGAGGGCGAGGAGCUGAGGGAGCUGCUGACCCUAUCCGGAUUUGUGGAGUACCGCCAGGAGUCCAACGGGCAGUUCAUCAUGGUAUUCGGGCAGAAGGCCGAGUGACAACGGUAUUGGGACACGCACCAUGACACAGUGCAGUGGAACAACAGCAGUUAACGCACAAGUAAUGUGAUGUGUGGCAAUGCGGCACGGCACAAUGCACUGGUAGCGGUAGGCAGGGAAGGCUGGAUGAGAUUGCAUCAUUGGAGUUGAGAAAGAGACAGGUUAUGGGAUGACCGGAGCUGCAUGGCUAGUGCGUAUUUGUACAGUACCUUUCAUUUUACCGUAUUGGCGAGGCGAGUCACCUCUUCUAUUGAGCUCCCUCUUAGAUGUUAUGCAGACAAAUGCCUAACUGACCAGACCAGCAAACAGAUGCCUUGCACCAGGCCCCAAGAUUCGUUUUUAGGCACGCUGAUUUAUCAUCCUUGCCCCCCAUACUUAGGCUGAUUUCUCAGCCCCCCCCUGGAAAGAAAGGCUGAAUGUGACAGCCUUGACUCAAUAAGUUUCGCUGAAUGUUCAGCCUUGGUCUAAAAAAAAAACGUUGAAACUU